AUGAGAGAAUACAGAGAAGAAGUGAGGAAGCUAGCAAGCAAGAUGAUGGAAGUGAUGGAUGAGAACUUGGGAUUGCCUAAAGGUUACAUGAAGAAAGCUUUUAACGAAGGAAUGGGAGAUGGAGAAGAGACAGCUUUCUUUGGAACUAAAGUCAGCCAUUACCCACCUUGUCCUCAUCCUGAACUCGUUAGUGGCCUUAGAGCUCAUACUGAUGCAGGAGGAGUCGUUUUGUUGUUCCAAGACGAUGAAUAUGAUGGUCUUCAAGUCUUGAAAGACGGCGAAUGGAUCGAUGUUCAGCCGUUACCCAACGCCAUCGUUAUCAACACUGGUGAUCAGAUUGAAGUUCUUAGCAAUGGAAGGUACAAGAGUGCAUGGCACAGGGUGUUGGCAAGGGAGGAAGGAAACCGGAGGUCGAUAGCUUCUUUCUAUAAUCCGUCGUACAAGGCGGCGAUCGGGCCAGCGGAGGUGGCGGCUACGGCUGCGGAGGAAGGAAGUGAGAAGAAGUAUCCAAAGUUUGUGUUUGGAGAUUACAUGGAUGUUUAUGCAAACCAGAAGUUUAUGGCUAAGGAGCCUCGUUUUCUAGCUGUAAAAAGAGAAGCUUGCAGCUUUAUUUUACUAGACAAACCCCUUGACGAACCUUUUGAGCUUGAAAUAUGGAUUACCCCUAAGAUUGAGGAGGCCACAAAGGAGAUAUCUUGGAGCAAGCUAUUCACUGUGGCUGCGGUUCUAGACGUUAACAUUCCGAUUGAGCCUAUCUUCCGGAGUUUCUUAAUCGACGAGGUGAAGAAAGUCGCCUUGCUUGUUGAUCAAGCGGUGGGUCACGACGCAAUUACCAUGAUUGGAUACUCUGGCUCCGUUACAGUUGUGGAUCUCGGAAAACCUGCCCAUGCCAAGGCGUCUAAUCCACUACUCAUGUGCCCCUAUGUUCCAAGUUCAGUGCAAAUCAAGCAACCUGCAAGGAGAAGACACCAUAGGAAAAGGCAAGGCAGUUUAGAGAACAGUCGGUGCUCGGUGUAA